UGCUGCUGCUGCUGCUGCUGCUGCUACUCUUGGCUUGACGCGGUCGCUGCUGCACUCCCAAGCUCACUUGAACCAACGAGAACGAGAACGAGAACGACUCCAACGCAAAGCGCACAUGGACCAGCCGUCUGCCGCUACGUCGACGACUACCACUGCAACUGCUCCGAACCCCUUGCCUGCCUCGCACUCUACGUCUACUUUUAGCUCACAGGCAGAGCCGCUGACGGAGCGACCAACCCAGAAACGACCCAUGGAGCACGACGAGUCCAAUCCGGAUGCAGCUCCCGCAGACACGAGCGACGAGCAACAGGCUGCGAAACGCACCCGCUUCGGCACCCGCUAUCUCGAAGACGAAAGCCAGGUGUUUGAGCAGAAUGCAUGGGACAAUGUCGAGUGGGAUCCCGAGCAGAUCGAGUACGCCAAGAAGGUGGUGCGCGAGCAGGCGUUGACAAUGGUGUCUGAAGCUGAUCGAGAACGUUACGAAGCCGAGGCUGGAGAGUUUUGGAACAAGUUUUACUCUCAGCAUGACACAAAGUUCUUCAAGGACCGCAACUGGCUCUUCACCGAGUUUCCCGAACUCAUGCCAAGCGAAAACUCGACAGACUCGUACCACAUCUUUGAGCCUGGCUGUGGCGUUGGCAACACCGUCCUUCCCAUCUUGCAGACAAACCGCAACCCCAACUUGCGAGUGUAUGCAGCCGACUUUUCCGCACGAGCUGUCGAGUUACUCAAGGAAACUCCGCUGUUCCAGGCAGAGCAAGCGAGGUGCCAAGCAUUCGUGCAUGACAUCACCUCUACAGAUCCCUAUCCGAUUCCGGAAGGAUCGCUCGAUGUUAUCAUCAUUAUUUUCGUGCUCUCUGCCGUCGAUCCCAGCAAAAUGCAAGAUGCCAUGACAAGAUUAGCUCGCUUGCUCAAACCAGGUGGCGCACUCCUGCUGCGCGACUACGGACGGCACGAUCUCACUCAGCUCCGCUUCAAAAAGAACAAGAUGCUUUCCGACAACUUUUAUGUGCGAGGCGAUGGCACUCGAGUGUACUUUUUCUCGCAAGACGAUUUGGACUCGAUGCUGACCAAGGCCGGCCUGGUCAAGGAAUUCAAUCGCCCUGACAACCGUUUGAUUGUGAAUCGCGCAAAGCAAAUCAAAAUGUAUCGCGUUUGGCUUCAGGUCAAGUACGUCAAGCCUUUCGCCGACGGAUCUCUUCCCGCGCCGCUGGUCAGCACCGCCGUCGUUCCGCCUGCAACCAGCUCUCCGGCUUCGGGCUCUGGAUCCAAGAGUGCUGAGAUGGAUGAAUAGUGGAUCCGAUCGUUGAGGGCUUGGUUUCAACUGCAAUAAAUUCAAGGCCGAUCGUG